AUGGCUGGAGAAUUACUGAUGGUGCUGUACUUCGUACAUGACAUGGACCUUCACCGGAAUACUGAACAUGGGACAACCACCAUAUGCAGCUUGAUAAAGAGAAGGCAUUCAACCUUCUUUCUUCGGGCUGAAUCUCAAGAGGUAGCCAAGAAAAUGGGAGCUCUGUGGGGAGUCGAUCUGAAGUCCACCUCUGUUAUUGUCCCGGCAUCUCCAACACCAAUUCAGGAACGACGUUUCCUUUCGAAUUUAGAUCAAGUGUUUACAGGCCAGUGGUACAUGAACACCGUGUGGUACUUCAAGCCAGCUUCGGAUCAUUUGAUUCAAGACCAGGAUGCUUUUUUCAAAGGAUUGAAGGACUCAUUGUCGAGGUUAUUGAUUUACUAUCCAGCUCUCGCGGGGAGGCUGGUGAGGAACGAGAAUAACAGAUUCGAAGUCGAGCUGAAUGACAAGGGAGUUAUUUUUCGCGAGGCAGUUACCGAGGCAAGAUUCGAUGACUGGAAAGACAUCAAGGACUGCACAGUAGAAGCCAAGCUGACAUUUGAAGAUACAGUGAUAGCGGACUACAGCAGUGCUCCACUCGUACGAAUUCAGGCUACCCUCUUCAAGUGUGGAGGGAUCGCUCUGGGAUUUAGUAUGGCCCAUGCAAUUCACGAUGGCUGGGCUGCGAUGGAGUUUGUAAAAUCAUGGUCGGAACUUCAUACGCAUCUUCCAGUGUCAACUCCGCCAGUGUUUGCAAAUCACCUGAUGAAAGCCAGAGAUCCACCAGUGGUGAGUAUUCCCAUUAAGGACUACAUUUCAGUUCCCAAGGUUGAAGGCUCUCUCAGCAGCAACUAUCAGAUCUUUGAGGAAGGAGCUCCAUCGCCAUACCAAGCUAUCACCUUCAGGUUCACAGCUCAACAGGUGGACGCAAUCAUCCAGGAGGUCAGAAACGGUCCUUGGAAGGUCGAAGCCUCCAGCUUCGUUGCAAUGGCGGCAUUCACCUGGAAGGUGAUGACCGAAGCCAGAGAGCUCCCGGACGACACCACAACUCGAUAUGUCUACCCGAUAAGCUGCAGACAGCGCUGGCAGCCACCUCUUCCUCGCGGCUUCUUUGGAAACACGGCUCAUAUUUCGUCAUUAGCAGCGAAAGCCGGGGACAUCAAGAACAAGCACGUCUCCUACGCUGCAAAGCUCAUCUACGACGACCUCUCAGCCACAACGACGGAGUACCUCAAGUCGGUGAUAGACUGGAUGGAGAUUGAGCUUCAGAAGAACGACAGAGACAUCGGUUUUGCCUGCGACUUCUACUCUGGAGGCGACGUGCAGAGCACGAGUAUGGUCAACUUCCCGAUCUUCGAGGUGAACUUCGGAUGGGGAACGCUUAUUCACAACUCCUUCACGUUCCAACCACUCUUGGGAGACGGCCACGCGUACUUGUUCCCAGCUCCAGAAGGUGGACGAAACCGACUCGUUCCCAUCUACAUGAAGAGACUUGCGAUGAAGAACUUGUUCCGAAACGAGCUCUUUCGAAGGUUCCAGCCCGAUCUUAAAGACUAUAGCUACUACAGCAAUUGAGAGCAAAUGUAUAAGAGGUACGUGUUUGGAUUGGACGGGUGGUCGAAGCUGGAGCUAGGUGGAAGUGAUGAGAUGAGACAAACAAUGCGAAGAGCUUGGACUUUCUCGUUUGUUCUUUGCUCCCUAGAAUCAAUUGCAUCAACUGGGUCCUUGUUUAAGUA